ACAAUCUCCUAUAUGUCUGUACAAUCUCAAUUUUUUAAGAACAAUUUUACAAAUGUUACCAAGUGUGAAAUAUGUUCUAUAAAAUUUAUUAACAAACAAACAAAAAUAAUUUCCCAACCGAGUAUUGAUAACAAACUGAAAGUUUAGUUCAAUUUUCUACCGUUAGUAGAAGAGACGCACUUGGAACUUGGUCAGUCAUCUUGUCAUACGCCAUGUUUAUUUUCCUCGUAUUAUUCGUGACGAUAAAGUGAAUUGAUACACGUAAUUAAUUAUAUAUCAAUAUUUAAUCAUAGUUUCUUAACUGUAAUAUAUUAUUAAAAUAGUGAAAUAAAUAGUGAAAAAAGAAGAAACCAAGAACGUCGAAUAAAACAACUACAAUUGUUUAAUUAUUCAACAAUUCCAAGAAGAGGGAGAAGAUCAAUGACUAAGUAAUCGAUUUAUCGAAAUUUAUUACAUCGAAAUAUUUCUCGCUGUCAAUUAUUAUUAAAGCAUACAAAUUAUUAGAAGAAAAAAAAAGAUAAUAAGUAAUAAGACCAAAAGAUAUGCAUAUUAAAAUGUAUAUAGAAAAAAAAUGAUGAUAAAGAAAAAAUAUAUAAAGUUAACUAUCGAAAGUAUUCGAUCUCAUUAUUGUCGACCAAUCAGACGGCAACUCUAACGAGCCGAGUUACAGUGGCACGAAUAAUUGAACGUUGUCUUUUGCGAUUAGAAAGGAAACACGUAAUUAAAAUGAAAAGACUUCAAAGUGGGAGAGGAAAAAUAAUCAGUGCUUGGUGAACAUUCAACGAUGUUUGCCACGUUUCUUUGUCAUUUCCAAUCGUUAUAAAUAAAUUAACAUAAAAUUUUACAAGACCUAUUAAACGGAUUAAGUUUUAUAUGGUGUUUCUCUUUUUUUUUUUUUCAAAUUUUCUUUAUACUUUUCUUUACAAAUGAUUUAAUUAAAAAAUUAAAUAUAUAUAAAUUAAUAAUUGAAAACGUUUAAUUUCAAACACAACGAGAACUCGAACAGUAUUACACAUUAAUUGAUACGAUAAUGCAUCCAGGAUAGUUUAAAAUUAACAACCUUGAGAGACUUUAUUGCUUUGCUGUUUUUUGUUGUACUUUUAAUCACUGAAGCAAAUAUAGUAAAACUCCAAAAAUUGGAUCAUCGAAUAAGAGAGAAACAUAAACAAUUAGGAUGGUGAAUAAAGAGAAACGCGAUGUGCAAAACAACUACUACAGAAAUAACAAAAUAGAUAGACUAUUGUGUCAUUGACGAUUGGAAAAAAAAUAUAGUGAUUUAUUCUUCUAUUAGAAAAUUUCUCUGAAAAGAGAGAGUGGUUUGAAAGUGUUCGCCAUUCUUCUUUGGUGUAAGAAGUCUGUGGGGAAGGGGACGGAAGAAAAAAAAGGAGAUUCGUUCUUUUGGUGUGUAUAUGUGUGUGUGUAUAUAUAUGUGCGUAUGUACAUGGUGCGUGCCUUACUGAGUUGAGUUGUUUCGAAAAUUUGCCGAUAAGAGAGUGGUGAAAAAAAAAAUUGAUAAAUCGAAAAUUGGUCGUCAAGUGAGUGGUGAAACGAAACAAAAGGAAAGAUACUGCUUGAUUCUUCAAUAAAUAAUCUUGUGGGAAAUAAAAAAAAGAAUAAAAAAAAAAAAAGAAAUAGAGUGAAGAAAAUUGUUUAUUAUCGCUCCUUGUUGUGAGUUAGUGCGUGCGUGUAACGUGUAACGGAAAACAAAAAAGACAAUUAUUUAUCAAAUAAGAUAUAUAAGAAAAAGAACAGAAAAAUAAAUUACCAUGAAGCUCGAGGGCAACUGUUCCAAGGAUGACGAUUCCUCCAAUGGGAUAUUACUACAUUCGAGAAAAAGUUCUACCGUACGAUUGCAAAUCGUGCCAUCCCAACCAAAAACUAUUACGCAUUUACCUAAAAGACCACCGGUUAAUUUGGCUUUCUCCAAUCUUGUUUACAAAGUUCAAGAGGGACAAAAAAAUAAUAUAAAAACAAUAUUAAAUUCAGUAAGCGGAAGGUUACGUUCUAGCGAAUUGACAGCCAUCAUGGGACCAUCCGGUGCUGGAAAGUCAACUCUGUUAAAUAUACUCACUGGAUAUAAAUCGACAGGAGUAGAAGGAAGUAUAACGAUGAAUGGACACGAAAGGAAUCUAAGUGCCUUCAGAAAACUCUCUUGCUACAUCAUGCAAGAUAAUCAGUUGCAUGCCAAUUUAACUGUCGCAGAAGCUAUGAAGGUUGCUACAAAUCUUAAACUUGAAAAACAUAUUCCAAAGGAUGAAAAGGAAGAAGUGAUACAAGAAAUAUUGGAGACUCUCGGCUUGUCUGAACACAGAAAUACGAUGACUUCAAAUUUAAGCGGGGGCCAGAAAAAAAGGCUUUCAAUUGCACUUGAACUCGUUAACAAUCCACCUAUAAUGUUCUUUGAUGAGCCUACUAGUGGAUUGGAUUCGUCAUCUUGCUUCCAAUGUAUAUCCUUGUUGAAGACACUAGCACGUGGUGGGAGAACAAUCAUAUGUACGAUUCAUCAGCCCAGUGCUAGAUUAUUUGAAAUGUUCGAUGCGUUGUAUACCUUGGCCGAAGGACAAUGCGUUUAUCAAGGAUCUAGUUCUCAAUUGGUACCUUUUUUAAGAACAAUUGGUUUAAAUUGUCCAAGUUAUCACAACCCAGCUUCAUUCAUAAUCGAAGUUGCUUGCGGAGAGUACGGGGAUAAUAUAAAGAAAUUGGUGAACGCAAUUAAAAAUGGACAACACGAUAUACGCGAAGGACAUACUUUUACUGAAUUAAAAAGUGAAACUUUGAAUAAUGGUACAGCUAACUCGAAUAUUGAUAAAGACAUUGAAACAAUUGGUAAUUCAAGAGAAGUUAAAAAUAAAAAUGAUGUCAGUAAUAUUGAAGAAAAAUUUACUGGUAAUGUACAAAUAAAGGAAGUUACAAACGGUGGAAUUAUUCCCAGUUAUGCAACCAACGAUAUCGUUAAACAAGCUGCCGAAGUUACAAUACCUAUUUCUAAUGAAAAAGACAACGUCAACACAGCACUUCUCGAUGACACAAUUGUCGUAACACCUAAAAGAUAUCCUAUUUCGGAAUUCUUACAAUUUUGGAUCGUAUUGAAGAGGGCAUUACUUUUCAGUCGAAGAGAUUGGACUCUGAUGUAUCUUCGUCUAUUUGCUCAUAUCUUGGUAGGUUUUCUGAUAAGUGCCCUUUAUUAUGAUAUUGGUAAUGAUGGCGCUAAAGUACUCAGCAAUCUUGGCUUUUUAUUCUUCAACAUGUUGUUCCUCAUGUACACAUCCAUGACCAUUACAAUUUUAUCUUUCCCGUUAGAACUGCCAGUACUUCUAAAAGAAAAUUUUAACAGAUGGUACUCACUAAAGGCUUAUUAUUUGGCCAUCACUGUGUCGGACAUACCUUUUCAGGCAAUCUUCUGCAUAAUCUACGUGACAAUCGUUUAUUUCCUAACAGGUCAACCAGCCGAUGUGACGAGAUUUAGCAUGUUCCUAAGUGCCUGCCUGUUAAUAUCAUUUGUCGCACAAUCGGUUGGCCUUGUAGUUGGGGCUGCCAUGAACGUACAAAAUGGUGUAUUUUUAGCACCAGUAAUGUCAGUACCGUUCCUCCUAUUCUCAGGAUUUUUCGUCAGUUUCGACGCCAUUCCUGUUUAUCUCAGAUGGAUAACUUAUCUUAGCUACAUCAGAUAUGGUUUUGAAGGAACUGCAUUGGCUACAUAUUCAUUCGCAAGAGAAAAACUUAAAUGCUUCCAGGUAUACUGCCACUUUAAAAAUCCAGAAACGACAUUGGAGGAGCUCGACAUGCUCGAUGCAGAUUUCACUUUAGACAUUCUAGCUCUACUUUUGAUAUUCGUUAUUUUAAGAAUCGCAGCGUAUAUAUUUCUCCGUUGGAAAUUAAAGACUGCACGAUAAUGGAUUAAUAACAUUUAAUUCGGUACGAUUGUUUUUGUUUUUCUUUUUAAUUUUGUCUAAUUCACGAUCUCGACGACGAAAAGUAGAAAAAGUAAGAGAGAAAAAAAGGAUAGGAAUUAAUUCUAUAAAAAGGGAUAGAUAUAUAUAGUGAUCUAAUUUUAAACGGUGCUAUCGAAUAUUUUUUCAUACUCUUUAACAAGUAACAAAUUAAAGAUCUUUUGUUUUGCUUGCCAAUACACUUUUCAUCAUUUUAGAAACGCGAAAGAUAUUUGUUACUAAAAGAUAUGUCAUGAAAAUGAAAUGAAGACAAAUUUAACGAACGGAAAUCUUUAACCGUUUGAUCGCAAAUCCGCAAUAAAUAAAGUAUCUAAUUGGCUAAAAAUUGUUCAAAUAUACGACAAAUUUUGUUACAUAAUUUUAGACUAACAAGCUAAUCCUUUUUCUGAAUUCCAAACGGUUAAAUCUUCCGAAUAAUUCGAUUUCCAAAUUUUCAAUGCGAAAAUUCGUUGCCUGUUUUUUUCUGCGUCUCUUAUUACAUCUUACGAAAAAAUCUAAUCUAUAAAAUAAUUUAUUUAUCUUUAGUUUCUAAUUACUGUAAACGACGACAGUUGAUUAUAAAUCAUGUGCUUUUCUUAUUCAGGGUACUCUAUAUUUUUAUCUAAAUUCUUUAUCAUUAUUUACAAUUACUAUUGUUAUUAUUAUUAUUGUGAUUAUUGUUACUAUAUUAUUAAUAAUAUUAUGAUCAUUAGUAAUACUAAAACUA